UAAUAAAUUUCAUACAUCUUUUAUAAUAUAUUUAAAUCAAAACUGGAGAAAAACGAAAGGUUUAUCAGCAAAUCCAAAUAAUAAUAGUUUAUUGAUGAAUUCAAGUGAUUAUUCUUUUAAAAAUAACAAACCUGUUCCAUAUGGUUUAGGACAAUUUAAACGUAUAAAAAAACAUCAAGAUUUUAUGAAAAGAAUUAUUAAACUAGUUGAUGAAAUUGAUUAUGCAGUUGAACGACAUGCUAACUUAAUCAAAGAAAAGAAAAUCCAAGAACAAAAAAUUUUGGAAAGUAGAUUGAAACCUAAAGGUCAAUUAUCAAUAAAUAAUGAAUAAUUGUAAAUAAUUUUAUUAUUCAUUUUUCAAUAUUUUUUCAAUAAUUUUAUUUGAUAAUUUAUUAAAUUGCAAAAACAAAUUUUUUAAAGUAUCAAUUAUUUUAUUUUAAAUUCAUAACUACAACUAUUUAAGCUGAUAAUCAAUAGGAUAUUUUAUGAGUCGUGGAAUUUUAUCUCUUUCCUCUUGUGAAAUAUCACAUAAUUUAACAGGGACAGGUCUUAAUUGCUUGAUCUGGUUGCUAACAUUUUGUAACAUGUCUUCAGGAACAUUUUCAUCAGGAAAAAUGUGUAAUCUUUCCAUAGUA